AUGACGCCCUCCAGCGAGUCCAUCACCGUCGCGCCCGCCCCACAGGACUCCGCAUGGCCUCCACCCCACAUCUGGGAGACCAUGAGCGCCGCAGACCGCGCCAGCUGGCUAGGUCAAAUACAGCGGGACAGGGCCAGGCGUCUGGAAUUAGAUAUAGCCGAGACCGACCUCCGCCGGAGGAGGCCUCAGGGGGACCUGCAAAUCGACGAGGAUAACCAAGAGGAAUACCGUGAGCCACCCCCUGAAGUGAAACCACUCAUCGACAUGUUCCCGGGUGUCUCCGCCGCCUUCCUUACUCGCAUCUUCGAGAGGAAGCUGAAGGCAACCGAACUCAUACGCCUUAAAGAAAAAUCGGUCACCGAUCUAGAUCAGGAAGACAGGGUCUUCAAGAUGACCGAGUCAGGAGGGGCAGUAGGCUUCAAGAAGACAGCGCCAUCGCUCAAGGACUGGGGCCCCAACCCCCAAAUAUGGACCGGCUGCUUCCUCACCUACCUGGCAGCCAUAGGAUACCUCUUCGGCGACAAGUACCCUAAGGCGGUCCCCAACAUGCUCAUAUUCAUGAGGCAGAUCCUGGACUUUGCUCAGACCUAUCACUGGUCGGAAGCGGUACUCCCGCUUGCUCUUAACUUUCAUCAAUAUAUACUGGAUAAGGGAGAGCUGUCGACGGAUAGCUACCUGGUCACGGCCCAAUUCCGCGAGAAAUACCUCCGCCACAACCUCACCCUGCCAGCCAAGUCACCACCGCAUUCCCCAGCAGCCCAACCCCGACAGGCGAGACAGGCCAGAUCUUCAAACAAUGAGACAGAGGUUUACGACAAGUUCAACACGACAGGGUGCCUCUGGGAAGGCUGCAAGAGACGUCACGAGUGCACGGUAUGCGGUUUAGGCGACCACGGUGCCUCGUCUUGCCGCAAGAAGAAAUAG